GCGGUGUGGAGCCGCCCGGGCGGGGCGCGGGGCUGGCAGGGGAGGUGGCCGCGCCACCGCCCCGCGGCGGGACCCCGGUGGGGAGCGGUGCGGGCGGCGAGCGCGGAGCCAGAGCCGUCCCUGGGGCAGACACGUGCCUCUCCGUGAGCCAAGGGGACGCGGAGGCUCCGGGCAAGCCGGGCUGCUCCCGCCACCCAGCAGCCGCCCUUCAUGCCUCUCCCUGCCAGCUCUUCCCCUGUGCUGCCGGAGGCUGUCGCCAUGACCCUCACCAAAGGCUCCUUCACCUACUCCAACGGGGAGGAGUACCGCGGCGAGUGGAAGGAAGGUCGCAGGCACGGCAUCGGGCAGCUGACGUUUGCCGACGGCACCGCUUAUGUGGGGCACUUUGAGAAUGGGCUCUUCCACGGCUGCGGCGUGCUCACCUUCUCCGACGGCUCCAGGUACGAGGGGGAGUUUGUGCAGGGCAAGUUCAACGGCGUUGGCGUCUUCACCCGCUGCGACAACAUGACCUUUGAGGGCGAGUUCAAAGGCGGGCGCGUGUACGGCUUUGGUCUCUUGACCUUCCCCGACGGCUCCCACGGGGUGCCCCGCAACGAGGGCUUCUUUGAGAACAACAAGCUGCUGCGGCGGGAGAAGUGCCCGGCUGUCAUCCAGAGGGCCCAGGGCGCUUCCAAGUCUGCCCACAACCUGACGGCGUGACGGUGCCCCACGUCCCCUCCUGCCACAGCGGGGACCCUGCCACUGGGCGCUGGCUGGCCCCACCAUCCCGGGAGCAGGGAUGUGGCACCGCCGGGUGCCCCCCUGCUCUCCUUCCCCACCAAGCCCCCCCCUGCUGAACCCCCGCUGCUGGGGGGGAUGGGGCUCUCCGCUCUCCACCCAAGUGCCCCAGGGCAGCCGUGGUGCCUUCUCUCUCUGGUUAUAGCCCUGGCAGCUGCCGGAGCAGUGGCGGGACAGGGUGGCUGGGGCUUGGCCCCUUUGCCCCCCAGGAAGACCACCAAGGAUGCCAGCCUGCUGCAGAGGAUGGAGCAGGGGUGUAGGGGCUGGGGCUGGGCUCUGAUCCUACUGCCAGGGUGCCUUGGCCAGGAGCUGCUGGCUGGACCACACGUCCAUAGAGGGGCAGCUCCUGGCCCACUUUGCUACCCUGGUCCCAAGGCAGGGCGGGCACCCCAGGCACCCCAUGGCCUGUGCCCUCAGCUCUGGGUGACCGGCCAUCCCCCUUCGUGCCCUGGGCAGGGUGACAUGGUGCCUCCGAAGGACCCAGCCUGCUCUCAGGGCCAGCCGAUGGGCUAUCCCCCCCCUCAUUCCUGUGCCAAUCCAGCCCACCCACUGCCUUGGGGACAUCUGCAGCAGCAUCCCCACUGAGGGGGACCAAGGGAUGCCCAGCCUGGCCCAUGUCUGCUGCGCACUGAGGGAGGGCAAGAGCAAUGGCAAGCAAGGAGCAGGGUCAGCUGGAGCCUGGGAUGAGGGGCAUGAGCAGGGCUGUGUGGGGUGCCAGGGCUGAAGCAGGGGUGAGCAGGGCAGGUGGGGGAUAAGGGCACGGCGAAGGGGUGGGCAGGGUGGGUAGGGGACACACAGCUCCCCACCUUGCCCCCUGCACGCAUCCUUCAUCUCCCCACUGCGUUCUCACCUUCACCCCUGGUGCAGUCUGGCUGGCCAUGGCAUGGGGGUCCUGGCAGCCCUCACAGACCUCACAGCCCAGUGGUGGGCUGCAGGGGCUGUGCCCUCCCUGCCAGUCUCGGCGCACACCGGUCCCGUGCCUUGCCGUGACCCUGCCUUGUGCAGCUGCCUGCACGGGCCUCAGCUGAGUAAACCACGUUGCCAAACGCC